AUGGGAAGAUCUCGUACCAGUAAAACAAACAUUCGUUCCGAUGGUUUUGCAACUUGUUUAUUUUUUUUCUUACGCUUUGUAUACGAAGAGCAAGAAAAUUGUUAUCUUCAUCAUUAUAGUCAUUCUAUUGAGGAAUCCAAUAUGGUAUAUACUGAAUUACUUGAAACGUUUUUGACCAUGAUGCUAGAAAACUUGAAAAGACGCCUGCGUCUAUCAACAAUAUUGCCAGAAUCUGGUAAACCCCCAAUAUUACAUGAUUUUAAAUUGAUUAUCGGUGGAGGCGAUGCUAAUGAAGCUUUAUCAAUUAAAUAUGCAUUUUCAUUUUUAAAUUCCACGGAUGAAAAUAAUUUCCUUGAAUAUUUUCAAAAUAAAGAAAUUGCAUAUUUAUAUACUCAAUUAAUGAACCGAACCGUUAUAUUAAAAUCCAUUUUUCUUUGUCUAUCAGACGAAGAAUUAGCUCAUGAAAAAGCAACAGGCAUCGCAGUAGACUUUCCCUCGUUAUGGAUAAAAUAUUGUUGUUUAUCAAAAGAAGUUGCGAUUGGUAUUUAUUGGUCGUCACCUUCUGCUCGAUUUGAUAUGGCAAAUAUGAUAAUCAAUUUAAAUCUUGAUUCACCAACACAAUAUUGCUGGAAACAAGAGGAAGCAAAAGUGAAAAAAUUAUUACAAGCAGCUAACAACAAGGAAAAAAUAAAGCUUUUUCAAGCUUUAUCAUUUAUUGAUCAAGACCCAUUAUAUUCAUAUCCAUAUCACCCAAUAAACCUUAAAAUUGGUAUCAAUGGAUUCGGUCGUGUUGGUCGAACUGUACUACUCCAUGCGCUUCAACAAGGGAUUCAUGUCGUUGGUAUUAAUGAUCCAUUCAUUUCUGUUGAUUAUAUGGCUUAUAUGUUUGAAUAUGAUUCAACACAUGGAUCUUUCAAAGGCAGAGUUUCAGUCAAAGAUGGAAAACUUUUUGUUAAUGGAAUAGAAAUCGAUGUUUUUAGAAAAAAAGAUCCAUCACAAGUUCCAUGGGGUCAACUAGGUGCUGUAUAUGUCGUUGAAUCAUCAGGUGUAUUUACAACAAUUGAUCAAUGUCAAGUCCAUUUAAAUGCUGGCACUAAAAAGGUUAUAAUUGCAGCACCAUCAAAUGAUGCUCCAAUGUUUGUUAUGGGAGUCAAUGAAGAAAAAUAUACAGGGCAAGAAACGGUUGUUUCAAAUGCAUCUUGUACAACAAAUUGUUUAGCACCACUUGUUAAAGUUGUUCAUGAAACAUUUGGCAUUAUAGAAGGUUUAGUGACAAAGAUACAUUCAUAUACUGAUAUACAAAAAACUUUUGAUGGGCAAUUGAAUGAAGUUCGGCGUUAUGGACAUGGAGCAGCACAAAAUAUAAUUCCAUCAUCAACUUCUGCUCCUAAAACUGUCGAAAAAUUAAUUCCUGAUUUAAAUGGAAAGUUAACAGGCAUUGCUUUCCGUGUCCCAACACCCAAUGUUUCAAUGAUUGAUCUUACUGUUCGAUUAAGCAAAGAAGUUAAAUAUAAAGAAAUCUGUGAUGCAAUUGAAAAAGCUGCUAUUGGUCCUUUAAAAGGUAUUUUGGCUUUUAUAGAUGACAAUAAUGUUUCAACAGAUUUUAUUGGUAACACACAUUCUUCAAAUUUUGAUGCGCAUGCCAGCAUUUUACUGAAAAGCAAUUUUGUGAAACUUGUUUCAUGGUAUGACAAUGUAUAUGGUUAUUCACAUCGUAUCGUAGAUCUUAUCAGAUACAUGGCAAAGAAGGAUCAUGAACAAUAA